UUAUGCUGUGCACGCAGCAUCAAGCGCCCCGACGCCGCAGCGAUCUGUGAAGUUGCUUUGCGCAGCCAGUCGCUAUUUUAUACGCGUCGAGCGGUGUACGCCGUGAACCAUAACAUGAUUGUACCCUCUGGCAAAUCGGACGAGACCCCCUCUGUUCCUGUCGAAGCACCUCCAGCUUACGAACCAUCUUCCAGCCGUCCACCGCCUGCAGAAAAGGCAUCUGGAAGCUCAGUGGCUCCUCCUCCCCCUCCUUUGUCACCAUCGUCACCUUCCUCAUCCGCAAUCAAGUCCCGUGUUGUCCAGAAGAACACAUGGGCCCAACUGGGCGACGAUGUGGGCGGUUUCAUGUCCGAUCUGGGACUGGGGUCUGCCAAACAACGAGCGGCACAAGAAGUCCGCAAGACCGUCACGAAGCUCAUUCACGAUCUCGUGCGCAACCAAACAAUCGACGGCAAUUUGUCGUGUGCUGGAAUCCUCGACUCUUGUAGCGAGGCUUGUUCCAGCAAUGGAAUCAACAUGCCCAACUUGCUACAGCAAGCCUAUAUUGAAGGUCAUACACCUUUGUAUUGGGCCAUUGUGAAACGACCAGCAGACUCCUCUGAAGCUGGUCGUCCCAUGUCAGAAGCAGACCUUCCGCCACUCGUUCGCUCGUUGCUGGCUUACUCUGCUCCUCUCAAGCCCCAAACAGUGGCUGAUAUCCAACUCGCUUGUCUUCAUACCUGCGACAAUUGGCUCUUCCAAUGCCUACGGGGUUCCCCAGAUUUCCCCGCACUCCCGCAUAAAGACCAGCUGUUACUUGGCACGCAAAUACCUCCCGACACGAUCGCCAUUCAGCCAUCAACGAAACACAAUGCUCCGCUUACCGCCACUUUCGCGUUCGCCGAUUUUCAAAAACGGAUGAGAGUUACACAUGAAGUGAAGCUAGAAUUCAUAUCGCAUUCGAGGAUAUGGGAGUUUGCCUUCAUUCACUACGAAAGUGGAGCAUGGGGUAUCAACGCUGGCCAAUGGGCGGCCCGAUUAAAGCUCUGGGACAAAAGUCCUCAGGCGAACAUCGAUGCCGCUACCAUUACCAUCGACCCGCAGCCAGCGGAGGAGGCAGAAGAGCCGUCCGACGAGGAGAAGCCGUUGACGCUGGAGAUGUCUGGCAAACUUUAUGUGGGGAAUGAGCUGAAUUCGGUAUUACCUGAUACUUUCCUUUACCCACACAACCCGUUCCUCGCGGCAGACGGAACCCUUCGAGGCAAGCUGAUCAUUCAGCUUAAGGCCCAAUGA